AUGGCGGGUAUCCAGGAACUGGACAAGAUCAGGACCAUCUUCGACGCCUCGGUCAUCGGUGUCAAUGACAACAUCAGGGCGAACACUGACAAGAAGACCACGGCUCACCGGAGGAUCAAGGUUCUCAAGAAGCACUGGAGAUACAUGGUGGCCAAGAUCAAGAAGAAGUUCUGGGUCAACAAGGUCUUCCUGUGGCUUCUGGUCUUUGUUGAUGAUUUCAUGGCGGUUAUGAAAGAGAGCCUUGGAGAACUGGGGGCGGCCACCCUCAUGCUCUUCCUUACUUUGCUGGGUUGUCCUAUCUCUUGGCACAAGAAUGCCCUUGGAAAGGUCAACCGUUGGCUUGGGUACAUGGUGAACAUCUCAGAAGGCUCGGUGUGGCUCCCGGAGGAGAAGCUGGCCAUCCUCCGCCCGGCCUUGUUGAAGUUGGAAGCAGGGGAACUCCAUACCAAAAAGGAGGUCACCUCCUUACUGGGCAAGUUGCAGUGGGUGGCGAAAGCUUACCCGCAGGUGAGCUCCCACCUCCAGCCACUUUAUGCUUGGGAGCAGAAACUGGAACGGAAAUGCAGGCCGGGAGACCUUGUACGUUUUCUGGCAACUCUUCUCGUCUCCAUCUUGGAUUCUGGCCCCUGCGUUCCUCUACGUCUACAGCAUAACACUCCGUGCUACGGGAGCAGCGAUGCCGGCGAAGAUGAUGGCCGUGUGGCGAUUGGUGGCUGGUUCUCGCCCUCUCUCAACCCUACCAAGGCGGAGGUCCUGUGGUUCUCCAUGGAUGUCCUUACCACUCCAUGGGUGCAGCCCCUCCUGGCACACACUUCGCCGAAGCGCCGGAUUGGGGCCCUGGAACUCCUGGGUACCCUUAUUCUUUUCCUUUUGGCUGCGGAGUCCUUGGGACCCAGCAUGAUUGAUGCUCACCUCCCUCUUACUACAGACAAUGAGGGUAACGCCUUUUCUGCCAGCAAGAGAUCUUCUAAGAAGUGGCCUUGCUCGGCGCUUUUAAUGGAGCUCUCCGCCCAGGAGUUCCACAAAGGUGUCUUUGCUCAAGUCACCCAUGUCAAGAGGAGCUCAAACACGUGGGCAGAUCAGCUCACUCACUUUGAUUUCGAGGGAUUCUCCCCCGGAAAUAGGAGGGAUGUUUCCCUUUCCUGGUCUCCAAGUUGGAUGAUCCUGGACAAGCUCCUUGCUUUCAAAUCGGAACAAUAG